CCCAGCGGUCGCCUUCUGAUCCUGUCGCCCAAAAUAGCUCCUGGCGCCCGCUGGCCUGCUUCAUGGCCGGGAGAUGGCUGCUGUCUCCAACCGCGCGGAAUUGGGUGCGCCCUGGGGACCCGCGCGCCCCGAGCCCUCUCCCACCCGCUUCCACCAGGUACACGGUGCCAACAUCCGCGUGGACCUCUCCGGGACGCGGGCCACACGGGUGGAGAGCUUCGCCCACGGCGUGUGCUUCAGUCGCGAGCCGCUGGCCCCGGGCCAAGUAUUCCUGGUCGAGAUCGAGGAGAAAGAGCUGGGCUGGUGUGGGCACCUGCGCCUCGGCUUGACUGCUCUAGACCCGGCCAGUCUGGCCGCCGUACCUGAGUUUUCACUGCCCGACCUGGUCAGCCUCGGCCACACAUGGGUCUUCGCCAUCACGCGCCAUCACAACCGCGUGCCUCAAGAGGGCCGCCCAGAGACAGACGCAGCGGCCCCCAGCCGACCCCCAACCCUCCUAGUGGAACCGUAUCUGUGCAUUGAGCAGUUUCGAAUACCCCGCGACCGCCUGGUGGGCCGCAGCCGGCCUGGGCUCUACAGCCACCUGUUGGACCAGCUCUAUGAGCUAAAUGUGCUGCCUCCAACUGCGCGCCGUAGCCGCCUGGGCGUUCUCUUCUGUCCGCGCCCGGAUGGCACGGCCGACAUGCACAUCGUCAUCAACGGCGAGGAUAUGGGCCCCAGCGCCCGGGGGCUGCCAGCCGCCCAGCCCCUCUACGCAGUGGUGGACGUGUUUGCCUCCACCAAGAGCGUGCGCCUAGUCCAGCUUGAGUAUGGCUUGCCGUCCCUGCAGACUCUGUGCCGCCUGGUGAUCCAGAGGAGCGUGGUGCACCGGUUGGCCAUUGAUGGACUCCACCUGCCCGAAGGACUUAAGGAUUUCUGCAAGUAUGGGUGAAGGCCUGCAGCCACCCUGGAGCAGGGCCCCAAGAGCGCGUCCUGGCCCCAGAGCUGCGGCUGGUCUGAAGCUGCCCACACUGCUGCCAGCCAGGACCAGAAAUAAACACAGCUGAUGCUGACACUGAUCACUGGAGGGUCUCCUUGCCCCUGAAGCCCAUGAGGAGCACUUCUUUUAGAAUCACUGUGGGUCAGCAGGUCAGAGCAAGAGAGCGAGCAUUUUAUACGUCACCUAACCAGUGUUCCUAGCCUGGCUACUCAUUAGAGCUAUCUGGGAUGCUUAGGGUGCUGAUGCCCCAGACCUCAACUUCAGGCAUUCUCAUUCAAUCUGUGGGAGGAUUAGGCCUAGACAUUGUUUUUGUAAAAGCUCCCUUGGAGAUUCUAAACCAUAGCCAGGGUUGAGAACCAUUUCCCUAAAACAAAGGGCUCAGCUUCAGCAUGCAUAACCACUGAAAUACUGAUAACUAGGUCUGACCCUGGGAUUCUAAUUUUAUUGGUCUGGAAUGAGGCUGGGCGUCAGGAUUUCUAAAAGCUCCCAAGAGAUUCUAAUGUGCAGCCGGCCUGAAAAGCAGUGUCCUAGACCAACUAUUUCAUUUUGCAGAUGGGAAACUGAGGCCCACAGAUGGGAAAGUCUUUGUCCAAGGUCACACAGCAAAUGAGUGAAUGCAGAGUAUUCCUUUUCUCACGCUACAGGACACAAAGCACUAGAUUCUUUUAGUGGUAUCUCUGAUCACUUGCUUCCAUACACGUGAUCUCAUCUAACUCUUACAACUUCUGCUGGGGUAGUAGGUGGUCAUCACCUCCGCCUUACAGAUGAGAAUAUCAAGGAACAAAACUGUUCAGAUGACUUGCCCAGGGUAAAGGCAAGAACCUAGAAUAACCAGUUCCUGGUCCAGCACUCUUUUAACCUCAUCCCAUUGUCAUAUUCAGGUUCUAGAAUGAACAGGUCAAUGCUGUGAGGUGGGUUUCAGGUGUAAAGAGAAGGGACUAUGAGGUAACAUUCUAGAAGGAUGGAGAGAGUAGGACAGGAGGCAGACAACUGUUCCCUCACAAAUAGGGGCUUCGGGGUAGCCAUGUCCUAUUUCAUGUCUCCACAAACUCAUCCGGGUCUUCUGCCUUCUGGCCAAGGAUCACCAGCCGCGGCGCCGCUUCCCGUGACUCGGGCCAACGGCCUGAGGAGUUCGUGUUCGGCCUUUGGCGCACGGACCAAUCGCAGCCUGGCGACUCGUGGCAGAGCCGUUACCAGGGCUACGAGGGGCUCGGCUGGCGGUAACCAAUGAAAGCCUGAGGACGCUCUUGUUCCUGCCAGUCUGAGCCCUGAGACAGGAACUCUCGAGCCUGGAUUCCGGGCAGACGACUGGACAGGCGUGCUACUAUGGAAACUCCCUCACAAGCCGAAAAUGAAAAGGAAAAUAAAUAGCAGUGUUCUACGGA